CAACAGCAGCAGCAGCAGCUGCAGCAGCAGCAGCUGCAAACCAUGAUGCAGUAGUAGCAGCAGCAGCAGCUGGUGGCGGUGGAGGUAGCAGUUUUGGAGGUGGCGGUUUUGGAGGUGGAGGUUGUUAGGAAGAUAUUAUGUUUUCAUAAAAUAAAAAAAGUUCGAAUUUAUGUCAAUAAAACCUGUCGUUCUUGUUGAUACUAAUAUUGGCUGGUAAGCUAGCUAUAUGUUAUAUUGAUGGAGCUUCUUAUGUAUCACAUGCGAAAGGUAGUUUCUGUCAUGUCUAUGUGGACCAGGAUGCAGCCUGCUUAUGCUGCAAAUAUGUGGAAAUGAAGCUCUCAACAAGCGGCUGGGGAUGAAGAAUCAUGCAUCCCCAUGGUGCCAGGACGAGAGGUCGUGGCGCGUUCAAAGAUAUGGACCAAAUCCUCCACCUCCAUCUCCACCACCCUCUCCACCACCACCACCUUCACCUCCACCUCCACCAUCUCCACCACCUGCUGGAGAGCAAGCUGGAGAGAAUAUGCUGGAUUUGCAACAAGUAAUCAAACAGUUCACCAAUCAGUUCACCAAUCAGUUCGCCCAAACUAUGGCUAGAGCCAUGCAAGGGAGACGGGAUACGGAAGGUUCUGACAUCAGGAGAGUUAAAGAGUUGGGAGCCAAAGAGUUCUAUGGUAGCUCUGAUCCUAUGGAAGCCGAGGCUUGGCUCAUCGAUAUGGAACGAGUUUUUGAGGUUUUGCAAUGUCCUGAAGGGGAUAAAGUUAGAUUGGUUGUCUUCCUGCUAAAGGGGAUAAAGUUAGAUUGCUAAUAAGCCUGUUCAAUUUAUUAAGCUGCACACAAAUCAUGUGAUACCAUCUAGUGGUGUCACAGAAUAGUCAACCAGAAUAGGGUUUAAAGGAAAAGAAAAAUUAUUCUAAGUAGUUGAAAUUUCCAAGACUUGAUCAAUUCUAGACAACCAGAAUAGUCAACC